CUUGGCCUGGCCCUUGGCUGGGAAUCUGAUAUCCUCAUCAGACUUUCGGUACCUGGAAGGUACGAGGCCGACGUCAUGACUACCGAACGCGACCCCUUGCUGGCCGGCGGCUCCGUCAAAUCGACGGACCGGCUGAAAUCUCAGGCAGUGGGACCGCUUGAGAUACCACGUAGAACAAGGAAUGGCAUCCUUGCUGGACUAUGGUCUGCCACAUUUCUUUCGUCCCUGAACACGACACUGGUAGCAACCUUGCUCCCAUCGAUAUCCUCCGAAUUCAACAGGUCAAAUGAAGCAAGUUGGCUGGGCACAGCUUAUCUGCUCGCAGCUUGCACGUUCACUCCACUCUACGGACGUCUGUGCAACGUACUCGGUAGGCGUGGAGCGAACCAGUUGGCUGUCGUACUUGCGGCAUGCGGGACCAUCCUUUGCGGAUUGUCCGGCAAUAUGGAGAUGCUCAUUGCUGCCCGUUUUAUCGCUGGUAUGGGGGGUGGAGGCAUCUUAACGACAAGCACGAUCAUUACUAGCGAUAUGUUUACCAUGCGGGAGAGAGGUCUCGCGCAGGGUUAUGCUUCUCUCUUCAACGGUUUGGGAAUGGGCCUCGGUGGCCCGAUUGGAGGUUUCAUCAACGACUGGCUGGGCUGGCGUUGGGCGUUCCUGAUCCAAACGCCGUUGUACCUUCUCUCUUUGGCCCUCACGCAGUACUACUUGCGGUAUUCUACGCCUGGUAAAAGCAAGAAGGCCACGGAUGUGCUGAAGCGCGUUGAUUGGGCUGGCAGCAUGACACUUCUUGUUGCGAUCGGAAGCUUGCUAGUCUUCCUUAGUACGAAGUUCAACGAAGACCUUUCCUGGGAUGAUGGACGCGUCGUCGUCCCUCUCACGCUCUUCUCCGUCUUCUUCGUCGGCUUCAUACUCGUCGAGCUCUUCGUUGCUCCCGAACCAGUGCUCGCACCGUUCCUACUCAAGGAAAAGGUGCCCGUUCUCGUCGGAAUCAGCAAUUUCUUCGUUUCUUUGUGCAAUUUCUCUAUUAUGUACUUCUUCCCAAUGUGGUUCCAGACGGUGCCUCUCACCAGCGCGUCUGUUGCUGGGCUGCAUCUUCUCCCAAACAGUGUUUCCAUGUCGGCAGGAUCGAUGUUUGCUGGAUGGAUGAUGCACAAGACGGGGAAGUACAAGUUGAUGAACAUGGUUUUCGGGAUAUUCCCUUUCGUGGGCAUCAUGCUCAUCCUCUUCAUGCGUGAGGAUUCGCCUCCUUUGCAGAUGUGGCUUAGUAUCAUCCCUUGCGGUUUCGGAAAUGCUGUGGUGCUUCAGACGAUGCUUAUCGCACUCCUCGCUCAUCUACCCGAGAACUCCAUGGCUGUUGGUACUGGCUUUGGCCAGGUUUUCCGUGGCAUCGGUCAAGUCAGUGGUGUUGCUGUAUCUUCAGCACUUUUCCAGUCCAGGCUAGACAGCGAGCUGCGAAAGCGUAUUACGGUACCCGACGCUGAAGAAAUCAUCAGCAAGAUACGCCAUUCUGCGACACUAGUGUCCCAUCUCCCACCUGAACUGCAGCAACCGGCACGCGAUGCGUAUGCCGCUUCGUUGAGGGCAGUGUUCAUACUUGCUGCGUGCUCGACAUUGAUUGCCUAUGCGGCACGAUUGCCGAUUCCCGAGAAGGAGCUCGACCACGUCCCACGAGCCAAACGAGCAUCUACUGUGAAUGCUGGCGCUGGCGGAGGAGCCGGAGUUCCCGGCGGCGGCGCACUUGCCCAAGGCUCUGCACAGCAUGACGACAAUGCCACCUCCAUGCCCGAAUCUCCCUUCUACACUGACUCUGAGGCUUCGGAUGAUGAAGGUGACGAUGAUGACGCAGAGACGCGAGUAGCUUCUCCGAUGGCCAUUCCAGGCACCCCGUCGCACGAAGCCGAAGCGUCUGAGGCAGCGGGAGGCGACACGGCUGCGCCUCUCAUCGGACCUGGGACGCUGUCCACGUCGCCAGUGACAACGCGGUUGCGGCCGAGGCUGGUUCCGAAGAGGAAGAGUUCAAGGCUAAGUACGUACGAGAACACGGAGGGUAUCCAGGAUUUAGAGAGCGAUCGGAUUGGUGGGAGUGCAAGGCAAGGAUCAUGGGCGGGUCCGAGGUCCGUGGGGAGGUAUGCGAGCGCGUAGGACGAGAUGGGCUCGCGGAGGGCACGAUAUUGGCGAUCUAAGGAUGAUAGCGAGGCAUUUUCUGCACGGUGCUACGCAAUGCGCGUCAUAUAGUGGAUACUACUAGAAUUUUGUAUAUAUAUCUGAAGGCUAGGACGACAUUUUGGUGCGUACGGUACUGUGCAUCCCACUUGCUUAUACUGUACAUGCAUUGGCAUCCAACCUUGCAUGCUCACAAUGAUUAUCUGGUUAUUC